UGUGCCACUUUCUCUCUUUCUCUAGGUUUCCCGUAAAAAGUUAAAAAAAUUUUCUUCCGAAACAAACAAAACCAAUUACCCAAAUCGAAUUCAUUUUGGAACGGAAAAUUUCCCAGAAAACGCCAAAGCUCACAUCCCCAUUUUCCCACUAACCUAAAUAAAUAUCUCCUCCCUAAUCAUUUCAACCCUAGAGAGAAAAAAAUAAAGGCCUCUCAAUUUUUAUCUAUCUGGUUUUUCACGUUCCUUUCCGCCUUCGAUGUUCGUCUUUCUCUCUAGAAUCUGCUGGUUUUCUCUCCAGGUUAGAUUCUUGUUUGAUUCUAUGAUGAAUGAUUAUUAUUAAUUCUUGUUUUUGGUUUUCUCUUUUGUGUAUGAUUUGGAUUUGGGUGAUUUGUGGCUGAGAUUAUUUGUGACGGUGUACAGAUAUGGUGGAAUUGAUUGAGGGUUUCGGGGAUAGAUCUGUUGAUAAGGUGUAGUGGAGGGGUUGAUUGAAAGUAAUAAACUUGAUUUUGGAGAUUGAAUUUUUAUUUUUUUUUUUGUGUUUGCUGGUUUUGGAAUUGAUUUGUGUUUUUGAGACGAAGUUUGGGUUUCGAGUGAUGUCUCUGUUGCCAAAGAGCGAUUCUAUCCAAAUUCGUGAGGUCUGGGCCGAUAAUCUUGAGGAAGAAUUUGCUUUGAUUCGUGAAAUAGUUGAUGGCUAUCCUUACAUUGCUAUGGACACUGAAUUUCCGGGCAUUGUACUGCGGCCUAUUGGCAAUUUCAAGAGCAGCUACGACUAUCAUUACCAGACUUUGAAAGAUAAUGUGGAUAUGUUGGAGUUGAUUCAGUUGGGUCUCACUUUCUCUGAUGAGCAAGGCAACUUGCCCACUUGUGGAACUGAUAAGUAUUGCAUUUGGCAAUUCAAUUUUCGUGAGUUUAAUGUCAAUGAGGAUGUAUUUGCCAAUGACUCAAUCGAGCUUUUGAGGCAAAGUGGGAUUGAUUUCAAAAAGAACAACGAGGAGGGUAUUGAUGCUGUGCGGUUUGGUGAGCUCUUGAUGUCGUCCGGCAUUGUGUUGAAUGAUAGUGUUCAUUGGGUUACCUUCCAUAGUGGGUAUGAUUUUGGAUACUUGCUUAAGCUUUUGACCUGCCAGCAUUUGCCUGAUACUCAAGCGGGGUUCUUUAAUUUAAUCAAUAUCUACUUUCCUAAGCUGUAUGAUAUCAAACAUUUGAUGAAGUUUUGCAAUAGUUUGCAUGGUGGACUGAACAAGCUCGCCGAGUUGUUGGAAGUGGAAAGAGUUGGGAUCUGUCACCAGGCAGGUUCAGAUAGUUUGCUCACAGCUUGUACAUUCAGGAAAUUGAAAGAGAAUUUCUUUAGUGGCUCUUUGGAAAAAUAUGCUGGUGUGUUAUAUGGUUUAGGUGUUGAGAAUGGACUAAGUAGUCAUUGAAAAUGAAAAAUAAAUAAAACAAAAUAAAAUUUAGGAUCGAAGUUUAGAAAGCUGUUUGUUUCUCUCUGAGUGUACCUCACACCCACACUUCAGUGUACACUUUUGGCAACAACUUUCUUAAUUUAUGGAUGCCCCUUUUUAUGCCUACUUCUUCCCUUGUUUUCCUCUAUGUCUACAGUUGCAAGCUUUAAUUGUGUGCUGCUUCAUAACUUGCUGUGGGUUGUAUAUCUUUACUUUCAAUUGGUCCAUUUAUUGUAGCAUAAUGUAAUAGAAUUGGCAGACAUUG